AUGACGGCUUGGAAGAACUUCAGCGCCGCCCUUCCGGCGGUGGACGUGUCCAAUGUCUCCAAGAACUUCCGCAACACCGUCCAGGCCACGCGCGAGCGCCUUGGCAGCGUCGGGCCGGACAGCAUUACCGAGCUGCCGGCGGAGUACAAGGCGCUCGAGGCGCGCGUCGACGCGCUCAAGGAUGUGCACCAGAAGCUCCUUAAGAUCACCAAGGUGUACGAGACGGAGGCUUACGACUACCCCUCCGACCUGGCCGAGAACCUCUCCGAGGUGGGCCACCAAGCGCAGGCGGCGUGGGCCUCGUUCGCGUCCAAGAAUCUCAAGAACACGCCGAUCCCCGUGCCCGUCGAAAAGCCUACCGAGCACCUCCCCAAGACGCUGCCGCACGCGCUGAGCCGCGCCGCGGCCGCCGGCGCGACCCAGCUCACGGCCGAGGACCGCCUCGGCGCCGCGCUCGGCACAUACGCCGUCGCGACGGAGAAGGUCGGCGAGGCCCGCUUGACCCAGGACCAGAUGAUUGCCGAGCGGUUCGUCACGCCCUGGCAGGCGACGCUGUCGACCUCGAUCGGGCUCGCGAUGAAGGCGCGCGCAAAUGUCAAGACGGCGCGGCUCGAACUCGACAGCGCCCGCGGCGUGCUCAAGACUUCUGGUCCGGCCAAGCAGGAGCAGGCGCGACUCCACGUCGAGGAGGCCGAGGACAAGCUGGUGCAGGCGACCGAGACGGCCAUCGGCCUGAUGAAGGCUGUGCUCGAGAACCCCGAGCCGCUGCAGAACCUGUCGGCGCUCGUCAAGGCUCAGCUCAUCUACUUCUCCACUGCCGCCGAGGCGCUUUCCGGCAUCGAGGGCCAGAUCGAGGAGGCCGCGACCUCCGCCGAGGCCGAGUACCGUACCUCGCGCGGCGCGUAGGAUUUGUCCCCAUACCGCGCCGGCCAGGCGCUUAGAUGAAUUGUAGGCUUAGAUUCCGGAUGUGUGAAUGCAGCGCGGCGGACGACCGCCCGCUGCUCUCGUAAGGGCGAGCGGAGCGGCAGGCUAGCGAUGGUGGGCUCGUAGAGUGAAUAUACGGAGGUACAUGCAGUCAUCUGGCGCGCUCGAUGUGAGAGAUGAUGAUACAUGC